CUCUUCCGCCAUAUCGAGCCUUGCUCUGAGCCAUUGUGCCUGUCGGCGCCUGCUCUCGAGAUGAACGAUAUCGAAUCCCUCAAAGAUCUUCACCCGAGGGGAACCGCAUCCCGGAAACCGACUAUGUGGCUGGCCAUGUUCUGUGUGAGCGCUGCUCUCGGAUCCGCGACAAGUCCGCCAUGCUCAGAACUCUCCGCGGCGAUUAUACCAAGCCGGAGGUGUUCUUUCAUAGCCAGAAUUUACGGCAACUCUUGGAGUCUAGUGCUGCUGGAUGUCAUCUUUGUGCGAUAAUGUCUCAAAACAUUGACCUCGGACGAGUUGAAGGCCACCCAGAUGGUGGUAUUGUUGCCAAAUGUUGGAGUAUGCCUCUCCAAUACACUUCUUCCAAAGUCUUUUGGAUCACACUCCGGCAAUUAAACCAAAAUGGGCAGGCAGUAAUUCACACAGAAAGCGACUAUUCUCGUAUAGAGGAAUUACUGGCGGCUUGUGAUUACGAUAUGUUGACUUACUCUCACGACAUAGGCCAGGCGGUAAUUAGUGAGAUUGAUGAUCAAGACAUUCUCUUCUCCCGUCCGACGACGAGCUCCGGGCGACUUCUACCUACAUCAACUGGCUCACCCGAAAUGAUGGAUGUGGUGAGAUCCUGGCUGCAUCGAUGCAUUCAUGAUCACCCUCAAUGCUAUCCCCUGAAUUCCUCAGCGGCAGGCUCAAAACCUGGUAGCAUGAGCCUGCCUACCCGACUUAUUGACAUUGGCGAGGAGUUCGGAUAUUUGAGGCCUCGUCUUGUGCUUCCAUCUACCUCAGCAACCUUGGAAAAGAUUCAGUACCUUACCCUUAGCCACGCGUGGUCCGUAACCGUUAAUGAAUCCCGCUUGAAGCUUUCAACGAAUAAUAUCGAAGAUCUCCAAGUUGAUAUACCGUUGGAAAAAUUGUCUCAGACAUUCAGGGAUGCGAUGGAAGUCACCCAACAACUUGGCUACAGGUACAUAUGGAUUGAUUCUCUGUAUUAUUCAGGACUCUACUGAAGACUGGGAGAAAGAGUCAGCCACUAUGUGCGAUGUCUAUGGGAGAUCCAUUCUUACUAUCGCAGCUUUAGGGAUGGACGGGCUGGAUGGCUGUUUUAGACGCAGGAAUCCUCUCUUGGUUACCCCGUGCUAUUUAGGUGAGCUCCAAAAAGGCAUA